AUGGGAUUUACAUCAUUCACUGUAAACAGUAUUGUGAACCAAGAACCCACAUCAACGGUGCUGAUGGAUCAGUACACGCCAUCUUCUACUGAGCUAACCGCUGAAACGGGUAACUCCACCUAUAACAAUGGUUCAUCCUCAUCAUACAGCAAUGGUAAUACAUUUAUUGGAAGCACGCCAUCAACCAUUUUAUUCUUUAUUGCUGUUUCAGUUGGUGUAAUUAUUGGCUUGUUAUUUGUCUUUUUCACUAUUCGAUACUUUAUUAGGUCGAAAUAUGGAGUCUUGCCCACGCCAUUGGCUGAUAGAGGAAUACGGCGUAGAAACAGUGGUGAUUUUGGCAAUGGCAACAACGGUAGUGCUGGUGGUGGUGCUACUGGUGUUCGUUUUGGUCGUUUUAGUCGUUUUGGAGUUGUCCAAGAUCCAUUUACUUCCAGUAUCAUCAAUAUCAGAUCAGCUGGAACUGUUUCCGAUGUCAAUAGAGAAAUUUCUGCAGCAACUGCAGCAAAUGCUUCGCGUUCACUGCUGCUGCCGCUGGAUUUAUACACCCACAUUUUUACUAACCCAGAUAUUCAACAAAGAAUACAUUUUCUUAGGACUCAUGACUUGAUUUCCAAUUUGACCGAAUCAAAUUUGAAUAGCGGUAUACAUGGUGGCAGAGGAAGAAGAAGGAGGAGACAACGGAGAAGAUUUAGCAAAAUGAAGAAAUUGACUAUGGAAGAAGUGGAAAAGUUAUUUCCACAAAAGACAUAUUAUGAAUGGUUGCAUGGCGGUAAAGAACGAGAUGCUCAAAUUCGGGAAGGACAAAUCAAAGAGGAGGAGGAGGAAGAUGAGUCGCUGCAGAAUCAGUAUGAUACUUUGGAAAAUAAUCUUGGUGCUGUUGGUGGCAUUGUGACAGUUACCGAUGAAGAUAAUUCUCUCAAUACUUUACAUACUGCUCAGGAACAACUUGACUAUAAUUCAGAUAAAACCAUGGAGAUGAAGAAUAUAUCUGGUAUUGAAAGAAGAAGAGUAGUAUCAGAAGACGGUUUUGGGGUUGUAGACAGGGAAAGAACAUAUACUGGAAUCAGUCGACAAGCUACAUGGAAUGACAACAACAAUAACUUGGUUAGCACUCAAGAUAACUAUCAAAAUGAAGUAGUAGUAGAAAAAGAAGAAGAAGAAGAAGAAAAAGAGAAAGAAGAAAAGGACAACGACGAAGCAGAAAAUGAAAAAAGAAGCUUGCAUUUUGAUUCGGGUUCGUGUGCUAUAUGCUUGGAAUUAAUUGACUCUGAAGAAAUAGUAAGAGGAUUGAUUUGUGGACAUGUAUUCCAUGCUAGCUGUCUAGACCCAUGGCUUACAAAACGGCGUGCUUGUUGUCCCAUGUGUAAACGCGAUUAUUUAUUCAAAAGAGAUUACAAUCAGGGCGGUACAUCUGGUGGGGAUAAUGGAGAGGGAAAUGGUAAUCACAGCAACAUUAGGAACAACAGUAGAAAUGGUGUUGACGAAGAAGGAGAAGCAGAAGAUGGUGGUGGUGGUGGUGACGAAAACGAAGAUGACGAUGAUGAAGAAGAUGAUGAUAUAACGUUUGCAUUAGAGGAGCUUCAAAAUAACACUACUUUGCAAGCCUUAAUUCAAGACCUUCUUCCAUUAUCAGAUCGUGCAGAAUUAGUACUUGGGAAUCCACGAUAUCAGAAUAUGCAUUUAGAAGAAAGAGCUCGUGAAAGAGCCAGAGCAAAAUAUGGUGGAUUUUUUAAAAGAAUAUGGUGGAGAAUUAUUGGAAUUACCAGAGAGGACUUGUUUCAUUGGUCAAUCUUGACAAUUGCAAGAGAAGAAGAUGUGCUGGGUGCAUCUUCUAAUGUCAAUGCCAAUGUCAAUGCCAAUCUCAAUCUCAAUGUCAAUGCUAAUGCGACCGGUGAGAAUGGCGCCGAAGGAAAUGCAUCAAGAUUGAAUACAGGGGAGACUUUUCAGACUGGAUCUGAUGUAAGUCGAACCAACGAAAACGAGGAUCACCAAUUAAACACUAAUAACAAUGCUAAUGAUAGAGCUUUUGUUGAAAACCGCGUAUAA